UGGGUGAACAGGGCGGAUGUGGGGCUGGGCCUGUUGCCAUGGUGGGUGGGCGUAGGGUCUCGUCAUUUGCUGGUGCGGUGCGCGCCCCUGUUUAUUUAUAAUUCGUUUUAAGGACGAAUUACGAAGCCGAAAGGGGGAAUUUGCAAGGAUAGGGGAGUGGUUGGAUGAACCUUGUGUCAGGAGGGACUGCUGCGACUCGAGACGCCUAACGGAAGAGCGGGGGGGGAAAAGAGUGGAAGGAGUGAGGAGAGUUAAAGGCCUGGGACCAGGACGAAGGGCUCGCCAUUCGACCGAGACCUGUCAAGGGUGGAUAAUAGCAGCGAGCACCCGUGUAACUCCUUCUGAGGCUGUAGGGAGGUGUACAGUGUGUCAUCUGAAGUUCAGGCAGGUAUAGGGUGAAGGAGAUUGCCGAUUGUAACUUUGUGAGAGCCUCCGGCCCUGUUCAGACAUGGAGCCCGAAUGCAGCUUGGAGUACUUCUCGGUGCAGGUGGCUCAGAGGGAUGUUAGUCGACGGCUACAAGUCGGCCAGGAGCUGAUCGAUUACUUGGGUGAUCCCAGGAGAUCUGUGGACGUGGAUCAUGACCAAAAACGGACGCUGGAUGAUAUCGUGGACGAGCUAACGGGAUGGGUGAACUCCAGCAACUUCAAGGUUACAUUACUUGCUCUUGAUGUUAUUGCAGCACUUGUGGAUCGCAUUAAAGAUCGCUUUAAGCCCCAUUUUGGGACUGUGGUACCAGCGCUUGUAGAUCGUUUAGGCGAUACCAAAGAUCAAGUCAGAGAGCAAACACAGAAUCUUCUUAUCCGAAUAAUGGAUCAGGCUGUAUCACCCCAGUACGUUUGGGAACGAUUAACUUCAGGAUUUAAACACAAGAAUUUUCGGACGCGUGAAGGAGUCUGCCUGUGCCUCAUCACCACACUAAACACUUAUGGAGCACAACCAUUAACAUUAAGCAAAAUAGUACCACACAUAUGCAACCUACUGGGGGAUCCAAAUAGUCAGGUCAGGGAUACAGCUAUGAGUGCAAUGGUUGAAAUUUAUCGUCAUGUUGGGGAGAAAGUACGUGCUGACCUCAUCAAAAAGGGAGUUCCACAAGUAAGAUUGCAAACACUAUUUGGGAAGUUUGAUGAAGUGCAGAAGUCUGGGAACAUGAUUUUGUGUUUCAGCCAUGAUAAAAGCUUUGAUGAUGAGGAGUCUGUGGAUGGAAACAGACCAUCAGCCAGUUCCACAUUUAAGGUACCGGCUAAGAAAAUGGCAAGUGCAAGCGUUGGUGGGAAACGAUCAGCCUCUGCACCCGGAUCUAAAUCAGGGCCGUCAAAAGAUGGAGCACUAGAUGAAGAUGAUUUUACACGGGCGUUUAACGAUGUGCCUACUGUACAGAUUUUUUCCAAUAGAGAACUUGAAGAAACUCUCAAUAAAAUAAGAGAAAUUCUGUCUGAUGAUAAGCAUGACUGGGAUCAGCGAGCCAAUGCACUCAAGAAGAUUAGAUCACUCCUGAUUGCUGGAGCUACAGAAUAUGAUUGCUUUUUUCAACACUUAAGAUUAUUGGAAGGAGCUUUUAAAUUGUCUGCUAGAGAUCUCCGCUCACAGGUUGUCAGAGAAGCUUGCAUUACUGUAGCGCACCUAUCAACACAUUUAGGCAACAAAUUUGAUCAUAGUGCUGAAGCCAUUGUGCCUACAUUGUUUAACCUCGUCCCAAACUGUGCAAAAGUUAUGGCAACAUCUGGAGUAGCAGCAAUUAGGUGCAUCAUCCGUCAUACUCACGUUCCAAGGUUGAUUCCCUUAAUAACUAGCAAUUGUACUUCAAAGUCAGUGGCUGUGAGGCGACGCUGUUAUGAAUUUUUAGAUUUAUUGCUGCAGGAAUGGCAAACACAUUCCUUGGAAAGACAUGUGACUGUUCUGGUGGAGACCAUCAAGAAAGGCAUUUCCGAUGCUGAUGCAGAAGCAAGACAGGAGGCUAGAAAAACUUAUUGGAGUCUUCGAAACCAUUUUCCUGCAGAAGCUGAUGCAUUGUACAACUCCCUGGAGCCUUCCUAUCAAAAAAGUUUUCAGGCUCACCUGAAGAGUUCCACAAGUGCUGCAUCUCUCCCUCAUUCGGAUCGGUCUUCUUCCAGCUCACAAGAGAGCCUUAAAUGCAUGUUCCUUCAAUCAUCAAUUGCAACUCGAGCCAAGAAGUUCCACAUUGUCAUUGUGAGACUGAAAGCGCAGUUGAUAGGAAGUUCCAACUUCUGGAUCUACAUCAAUAUAAUUAUCCAGGUCUGA